CAUGGCCGCUACGUGACCCCGUCCCCAUGCGCCUCCGAACGUCUCUCGCUGAUGACGUAUAUAGUCGGCUGGCAUCAUGGCGGCGCCCGCGGAAGGCGUGAUGGAGAGAAUGGCGGAAUCCAGCGGCAGCACCGACCUGUUCCCCGGCUUUCCCGACACCGACGCCUUUGUCAAGUACGCCCUCGGAACAGUCGUGACCACUACAAAGGCUGCCACCGGACUGCCGCAAUAUGGUGACGAGUACGACUUCUACCGCAGUUUUCCUGCCUUCCGUGCCUUCUGCGAAACGCAAGGAGACAGACUGCUUCACUGUAUGAGCCAGAUUAUGCAGUAUCAUGGGUGCCGUAGUAACAUAAAGGAUCGCAGCAAAGUCACCGGGCUGGAAGAUAAGUUUGAUUUGCUGAUAGAUGCCAAUGACGCCGUCCUGGAAAGAGUGGGUAUUUUACUUGAUGAAGCCUCUGGUGUAAACCGGAAUCGUCAGCCAGUUCUCCCAGCUGGGCUCCAGGCUCCAAAGACCAUUGUGUCCAGCUGGAAUCGCAAGGGCGGCGACUCCAGCAAGAAGGGCAAAGCCGACACCUUCCGUCUGCUUCAUGCUAAGAACAUCCCAAGACCACAGCUGAGGUUCAAAGAGAAGAUUGAUAACUCCAACACCCCUUUUAUUCCAAAGCUCUUUAUAAAGCCUAAUGCUCAGAAACCACUGCCUGAAGCUCUCAGGAAUAAGCGGGACAGACAGCAGCGUCCGGAGGAUCUGGAUGUCCCCCCUGCCCUGGCAGACUUCAUCCAUCAGCAGAGGAUGAAACAAAGUGAGGAUGACAUGUUCUCACACCCGUAUCAGUAUGAACUGGAUCACUUUGUUCCCCUGGAGUCCUGCAUGGCACAGCCAGAGAUUCAGCCCUUCCUACCCCUGAAUGACGUCCCCUGUCAUGUCAUUACCACCUUGGAUGAUGUGGUGGAGCUGAAUGAGAAGUUGUUGCAGUGUUCAGAGUUCGCUGUUGAUCUGGAGCAUCACUCCUACCGAAGCUUCCUGGGCCUCACCUGCCUCAUGCAGAUCUCCACCCGCACCGAUGACUACAUCAUCGAUACGCUGGAACUGCGCAGUGACCUUUAUAUACUCAAUGAGAGCUUCACGGAUCCAGCUAUCGUCAAGGUGUUGCACGGAGCGGACUCUGAUGUUGAGUGGCUGCAGAAGGACUUUGGUCUGUACAUUGUGAACAUGUUUGACACUCACCAAGCAGCUCGUCUUCUCAGCCUGGGCAGGAACUCUCUGGACCAUCUGCUCCGGCUGUACUGCAAUGUGGAGUCUGACAAGAAGUUCCAGCUUGCCGACUGGAGAAUUCGCCCUUUACCAGAAGAAAUGAUCCAGUAUGCCCGAACGGAUACUCACUACCUACUUCAUAUCUAUGACAAGAUGAGGACUGCACUUGUAGAUGCAGCCAACGGGCAGCAGAACCUCCUCCACCUGGUCUGGCAAAGGAGUAGAGAGAUCUGCCUGAAGAAAUUUGUGAAACCCAUCUACACAGAGGAUUUAUACCUUGAGCUCUACCAGAAGCAGAAGAAACAUCUCAACACCCAGCAGCUGGCCGCGUUUAGGCUUCUCUAUGCCUGGAGAGACAAGAUGGCGCGGCAGGAGGAUGAGAGUACAGGGUAUGUCUUGCCCAAUCACAUGUUGUUGAAGAUCUCGGAGGAACUUCCCAGGGAACCCCAGGGAAUAAUUGCUUGCUGUAAUCCCAUCCCUCCUCUUGUGAGACAACAAAUUAAUGAACUAGUCCUUCUCGUCCAGCAAGCGCGAGAGACCCCUUUGCUGAAGACAGAAAUGAGCUCCGCAAAGAAGAAAGGUCCCGUGCCAAACCCAGAGAGAAUGGAGCUCCUCCUGUUUGGGCCUCACGAUAUGCGCUCUCCGCCUGGGCACAGUCUCUUCACUGGCGCAGAUGUCCCAGCAGCUGCCGGUAGCCUGUUCAAUGAUGAGGACCCUCCGCUAACGCCGCACACUCCUGUCGCUGUGCUCGCUAGCGCCAGCAUCACCAUUUUCAGUGAUCCUGGGGAUGAACGGGAUGAGCUAAAUGGCGUUUCCCUGUCCCGGCAGAAGGCGAGAACCAUAUUGGAGUCCUUUGACAACCCGUUCCGGAUGUUCCUGCCGUCUGUUGUACGAGGGGCCCAUGCUUCUCAAGCAGCAAAGUCCGACCCCAACACAAAGAUGUUUGAGAUCAGUCACCGCUGGAAACUGGUCAGCAUCGCCCAGCAAGAGCGAGAAGCCAAGGCCAAGCAGGAGGCCAGACAGAAGAAGCUGGCUGAGAAAGCUGCUCGGGAGCAGGCCACACGGGACUUCAGAAUCAACGCUGCGGCGCUGCCGUCUGUGCGCGAGCAGGCAGUGCAGGAGGACGCCAGCAGAAGGCGAGAACACGCGACUCGUGAUCCGGGCACAGAGACCUGCAACGUGGAGAGAAAACGUGUGAGAGAGGAGAUGGCAGAACCAGUGGCUACUGCGCCAUUCACCCCUCGCGACUACAGCAAAUCCGACUUCAAGGUGUUUGCAGGUGCCAGCAAUGUGAAGAGUCAGUCUGAGUUCGACCCGAAUAAGCAAAUGCCACAGGGAAAGAAAUCCUCAUCGAAGAAACCUCAGCAGACUAUGGGUAACAGGAGCCUGUCCUUCAUGUCCGGGAAGUCAGACCGGGGCUUCAAACACAGCUGGCCGAAGAGAUAACGCGCGCAUGCGGUCUACGGAACGGGGCGUGGGAUCCUGCAGAUAUUGUUACCGCUUGUCUUUUUAUCAUUAAACGUUUUAGUUACUGAA